AUGUCGAAAGCGCUGGAGCGUGUGCAAAAUGCCUUGAAGGCGGACGAGCAGAGACACGCUGUCCGAUUGAAAGUCGGUGCCAAGGUGGAUAGCCGCAACCUGGGUUUGCUACUGGAUGAUUUGGGCGAUUUUCGUCCUGAUGUGAAGAGGGGUGAGUUCAAAAAGAUGGUCCACCGCAUGUUGGUCGUCAAUCGGUGCCUCUGCUUGAAAUUUACCGCGUGA